AUGGCCACUCAGCAAAUCUGUCUCGUGCAGGCCCCAGAUACGCCAGAUCAACUCGAACUUUCGUAUUCUUUUCCCGUCCCCACAAUCGAAGCGCCAAAUGAAGUGCUUGUCCAGGUUUCUGCGGUCGCUCUCAACCCUCUCGAUUGGAAACUCGUCCAUUACUUUCCUCGGCCUGGUACUGUGGUAGGCUGCGACUUUACUGGUACCAUCAUCGCCCGCGGGAAUGCAGUGACAGAUCUUGCAAUCGGUCAACGCGUCUGCGGUGCUGUCGUCGGGUCAAAUCCGAACAGACCCUCGAAUGGUGCGUGUUCAAAAUUUCUCAUUGCCGAUUCACGCAUAUUACUCGCUGUUCCAAAUGAGUGGACAGAUCUUCAAGCUGCAGCACUGGGGGGGCGUAGAUCUGGUUAUGCGCCCAUCGCAACUGCAUCGCCUACUUCAUCAGACAUGGUAAAGAAGUACGGAGCCGUUGCAACGAUCGACUACAACUCGCCGGACUCUGUUGAGCAAAUCCAGAAAAGAAGCAGCGGUCAGCUGCGCCAUGCUAUCGACUGCAUCACUAGUGAAAAAACAAUGGGCAUCUGCAUGAAGUCGAUCUGUCGAGUCGGCGGUCAAUACAUCUGUUUGGAACGAUACGAGCCGGAAUGGAUCACGCGCAAGGCCGUUCGGGUAGCUAUUGUCGUUGGGGCAGAAGCUGCCGGUGAAGGGUUUGAGUUGGAGGGUCUGUAUUGGAGAGGCCCAGACCCGCGAAAGUUGAAAACUACCAUGCAGAUGCGACAAGAGAUGCAGAGGAUGAUUAAUGCGGAGCAGAUCCAGCCGCACCCAGUGCAUGAACUAGAUGGUGGCUGGAGUGCCAUUCUUCGGGGGCUACAGCUAUUGCGUGAAGGUGGCGUUCGUGGGAUUAAGCUGGUCGUGAAGAUUCCCCAGGAGACCCAGUAA